AUAGCAGUGUUUGCAGAGAGUAGGGAGUAUCCCAUCCACCACUUAUUUCAUUCUCAUAUCUACUCAGUAAUUCAACACAAGAAAGAAAAUGAUAACCAAGACUUAAAGCAAAAACAGAAUUCAGUUCCAUGCUCCUCCCAAGUCUUAUUAUUUCCAGGUGUUACAACUGGGAGUUGAGCGGCCAGAUUUGAGUUCUACUUCCGCUCCUUUAACCUCCUACUCCAAAGAGUCCAAGAGCAGCAGCAAAGAAAAAGACCAACUCGAAAGUGGGGAAGGGAUGUUAGGGUUAAACAGGUGAGUUAAAUAACCAGACCUUUAGUGAGGAAUAAAGAAUUCAGGAUGUAGUUUCUAGAAAUAAGUUAUUACAGGCCUGUAAAGUUUAGCGUUGGGUAAAGCUCAAGAGGCUUUCUCUAACUCCAAAACGACGACCUUUAAAGUAAGGGAGGGUUGGGGCACCACAGCGGCCGGAUUUCUAAUUGUGGAAAGUUUAAACAAAUUUGUCCCUCGGGGAAUGGGGGAAGGGAGGGAAGAACAAGUCUGGGCUCGGCCGGGGAGCGUGCGGAGUCUGCACCGCGCGGCCGUCGGUCCAACGCGGGGAGGCUCAGGGAUUUUCGGCAGCAGCGACUACAUCCACCCCGGACCGCCGGCUGGAGGACGUGCCUGCAGCCGGCGGGUACGUGCGGCCAAUUCGGUGGAACGAGGACGCGGACUGCAAAGGCAGGCUUCUAGGUAACAAGUCACUUCACUUCUCUGGGCCUCUUAAACUUCUCAUAUGAAAAUAGACUAGGUGAACCUGGAGAGACAUUUUCUGCCCAACGUGGAAGGUGAAAGUGAAGAAAUUAGCUGUAUUUCCUAACACUCAGGAGUCUUUUCUCAUGCUGCUAAUAAAGACAUACCAGAGACUGGGUAAUUGAUAAAGAACAAGACGUUUAAUGGACUCACAGUUCCACGUGGCUGGGGAGGCCUCACAAUCAUGGCAGAAGGCAAAGGAGGAGCAAAGUCAUAUCUUACAUGGCAGCAGGGGAUACGAUCAUUUACCAGGUACCCUCCUCUGAAAUCAAAACUCUUUAAUUAAAGAGACAUGAAAUGACAAGAUUUUUUAAAAAUCCCAUGAGGAGAAGGCAUUCUAAUUUAGGUGUGGUUUCCCAUAAGGAAGCUCUUCUUCCUGCUUGGCUUCCACCUUUAACCCUUCCACCUGGGAGCGUCCUCUAACACAUUCAAACUACAAGUCCAGACCCAAGAGAGCAAGGCCCAGAAAGAGGUCAAAAUGGGGUUUAUAUUUUCGAAAUCUAUGAAUGAAAGCAUGAAAAAUCAAAAGGAGUUCAUGCUUAUGAAUGCUCGACUUCAGCUGGAAAGGCAGCUCAUCAUGCAGAGUGAAAUGAGGGAAAGACAAAUGGCCAUGCAGAUCGCAUGGUCUCGGGAAUUCCUCAAAUAUUUUGGAACUUUUUUUGGCCUUGCAGCCAUCUCUUUAACAGCUGGAGCGAUUAAAAAAAAGAAGCCAGCCUUCCUGGUCCCGAUUGUUCCAUUAAGCUUUAUCCUCACCUACCAGUAUGACUUGGGCUAUGGAACCCUUUUAGAAAGAAUGAAAGGUGAAGCUGAGGACAUACUGGAAACAGAAAAGAGUAAAUUGCAGCUGCCAAGAGGAAUGAUCACUUUUGAAAGCAUUGAAAAAGCCAGAAAGGAACAGAGUAGAUUCUUCAUAGACAAAUGAAAUCAUGUUUACCAAUCAAAUCUCAAAGCACAGAAUUAUUGACUUGAAUCACGGUUUUUACAGUUUUUUAAAUGCUCAAGAUUUUGAUAUUAUAGAUUUUAUUUUAAAAUAUUAAAAUGCAAGAUAGUUUUGAGCUAUUUUAAAAUAAAAUUUAUAACAUUCAACACAAAAUCAUGGAGGUGCUCUAAAUAACUUAUAGAUUUCCUCUCUUUGUGUGUAUUACCAAUAUCUAAGUGUAAAAUUAAUAAAUUGUUUUGAAUUCCUGGAAGCAAAUGCCCAGCUGCUCUCACUUCUCUGCCACACAUACUUUCCAUACCACAUUCCACUUCCACAGAUGCUGCUGUAUUUUGGAUUUGUCAAUUGUGUCCUGCCCCUACAUGACAGAAAACAGUAUUGUUUGACUAACAUAUAUACUGCAUUUACUAUGACUGGCACUGUUCUGAGUGUUUUGUACAAAUUCUUGUAAUCAUCCCAAUUAUUUUAUGAAGCAGGAAUCAUUUUAUAAAUGUGGAAACUGAAGCACAGAUAAGCAGCUUGAACAAAGGCAGAAGCAUGCAAGCCAAAUCCAAGAAGUUGCUGCAGGUCAUCCAAUUGGGCUGGGCCAAAGCCAUACUUGGCCAGGGCUUGGAUUUGAACAAGUGUGGCUCCAGUGGCUGUGCUCUAAAAGGCUUUGACAAGGCCUUAACUGAUGCUUAACCUGCAAAGAAAAGCUAUAAAAGGGAAAAGGUAACAACAUUCAAAUAAUGACUCAGGGCAUAGUUGCUAGAGAGGUGGAAACAAGAGAGAGGUAGAUUUGGGUGCCUGCCUUUUUAUUUAGACUCACUGGGAAAACUCAUAAAAUUCUCCUAUAUAUAAGUAUUUCUUCAGAUGCGAACCCUACAUAUAAUAUGCUCAUUCCAAAGAGAUUUAUUGAUACUACUAUGUGCCAGGCACUGUUAUAGACACUAGAGCUACAUCGGUGAAUAAGUAGACAAUGUCCUGUAUCCUGGGCAGAGGAAUAUGUUCCAGUAAGGGGUGGGAUAAUUGGGGCAGGCAACAAAUUAACAUCAAGAUAAAUAAGAUCAUUUCUAAUCCUGGCAAAUGCUUCAGUGGAAAUGAAACAGAGUGAUAAGAGAAUGAUUGGGUUAAUGAGGUGGUGCUUCUUUAGAUCGGGACUGCAGACACUGCCUGUUUGCAGAGGUGACAUUUGAACUGAGACAUGGCAUGGCCAAAUAAUAGAAAGAAGCCCAGGAAGAAUAAUAGGAGAUUAAAUAUUAAGGUAGGAAUAAGCAUGAAUAUGAUGUGGUCUCUACCUUCAAGGAGCUGACAACAUAUCAACAUGUGUUUUGUUACAAUUUUAGUUUUAGAGAACCUUGAGCCAAGUCUUGAAGGAUGCAUAGAAGUUCUCCAUGAAGGUAAACGUUGAAGAGGAAGGGUGCCCCAGGCAGGAGAAGCAGCUUGAACAAAGGCAGGACCGUGCAAGCCAAAUCCAAGGAAUUGCUGCAGGUCAUUCAAUUUGGCUGCAGCAAGGGGUUCCUCAUGUGGGGGACUUUUUCAGAAAUGAUCCUGGUGGAGGUACAAUUCAAUUCCUGAAGGGCCUUGGAUGUAACAGCAAGGAGUUUGGACUCUUUCCUGAGGGUGAUAGCAGUGAAAGAAUGCAAAAUGGGAUUUUUACCCAGAUUUGUAGAUUAGAAGGGAAAGAUCCCAGAUCCCAAGUAAUGAGGAGCUGCAAUGAUCCACCUGAGUGCUGACUAGUGGCCUGAAUUAAGGCUACAGCCUUGGGAAUGGACUCAAGAUUAUGAAAAUAGAGAAUAGCAGUACCAGGAAACCAGUUUGAGGUCACAGAGUGGGAGUUGUUUUCCCUGCAUUUUUAAUCUGUGUGGAUUAUCUAAGACCCCUAGAGAACAUGAGAAAGAAGAAGUAUUGGGAGGAACACUGGUGGACUCAUGAAUGCCUAAGACCUAGUGCUGGUUGUAGGUCACACCAGAAUCUGGAAUUGUAUUUCUUUCCCCACAAUUCAAUCAUGCUAUUCAAAUGUUCCUGACAUAGUCUAGCCAGAGCUCACCAAGAAUAGGUUUGAUGCCUAUGCAAAGGCUGAUCGGCUCAAGACCUUAUAUGGGAUUUUCAUUGCUGGCAACAUAGCCAGGCCCUGGGCCCCCUUAAGAAUACCAGGCUGUUCAAUUGUAUUGGCUUCUUCCUCUGGCACUGACGCUGAGUUUAUUAAUAAUUCUACCUCAGUAGAGGCCCUGCUGAGAAACAUACGCACACACUUACACUCAUACUGUUGUUUGCCCCAAAUUGUAUAGUGAGGCAAAAAUCAAAGUGGAGCUAUUAAAAAUGACCAUGCAGCACAAGUAUGUUGUAACAUUUUUCAGUGUUAUAACUGCCGAUUAUCCAAAGCUUUUCCUCUCAUUAUUACAUUGUCGUUUUGUUGAAAGGAAAAACAUUUCUGCUGUGAUGCUCCUGAGCUAUUUCUUCAUCAUUUAUAUUAAUUAAAUAUUUGUUUAUGCUUAUGAUUAAUCCCUAAUUACCAACUAGACAGCUGAUGUUUCCAAAUACUGAAACUUACAUGGUCUUCUAUAAGAAACUAGCUUAUAAUCAUCACAAACUUUUGUGAUAUUGCAAGAAGAAUGAGGAAAUAAAUAUGAGAAAGUAUAUUAGGAGAAGGAUAAGAAACAGGUUUCAUUAUGAACAAAGAUUUAGAGAUUAAAAUAAUGAUAACCUCACUCAAUCUCUUUGUCAAUUAUUAGGAAUAAAGUUGGAGGAAAACUUAUCUACACUCCAUGUGGUUCUGUUCUUCCCAAGACAUUCCUGGCUCAGCCAAAGCAAUGCAGAGACUAAGUAUAUGUGGAGUCUGUCAUAGUUAAGGGAUAUAAAUAUGGAUCCAGAGAUUCUCUGCAACAGAAAGACUGUUCUUGACAAUCACUGUAUAAUAGUAAAAAUGCAGUUUAUAACAUUGCAUUACCUAAGUGUUUUGAAUGUUUCUUAUUCACAUUUACAUGAGAGAAUUGUUCUCCCUGUUAAAACAAAAAUAAUAUAUCAGGGUCUGAAAUUUACAAAUAAAUCAAGUUUAUAUGGUGUUCAACCAA